AUGCAGCAAUCGCACUCCUUUGGCUCCUUUGGCGACAGCAUCAUCACCGGCCUGGUAGACGCACCCAGCCGAGCAAAUCUCUCUAGACCACCGUCGUCGCCGCCGCCGCCGCCACCACUGCCGCCAAUAUCAAUAUCGCAUAAUCCUAAUCUUACGAGCAACCCGCCAUCGCGAGACCCUCCAGGCCUUGACAGCGUCACGCCAGUCCCACGCUCCGUCUUCUCGUCCGUCCGCCUGCCGCGAAGCUCGUCGCUGAUCCAUCCGUCGCACGUGUCGCAGUCGCCCACUCGUGCCACUCAUACUGCUACUACCACUGCCGCUACCACUCAUACUACCGCCGCUACUCAUACGCUUCCUCCUGCUAGUAUUGGCAACAAUAGCGGCAAUCCACUCCAUCAGACGCAUCGCGACACCGUGCACCCCCCCGUUAGUCUCAAGCGGCCGUCAACUCCGUCGUCGCAUCCCAGCAGGGGCACCACCACCGGAGCAUCGCCGCAGCAAGGCUCCCGUUCCCGAAACCGCUGGUCAACUUCGUCCGUUUCGUCUUCUUCGAGUCGCACGUCCCCUUAUGCCUCUCACCAGGCCUCUGGCUCCCAUUCACACUACCAUUCCAACUCCAACUCGUCAUAUACUCGUCGCGCCAGUAUCGAGGCUGUAGUGGGUGCUUCUCACGGUUCGUCCGCUCUUGCUGCCGCUCAGGCGCCGCACAACCUGCACCGAACCGAUCGGAACCACUUCGCCUCGUCUGAUCGCAGCGCAACUCCCACGCGAGCGUAUCCAAUGAGGUCCGAGUCGAGCAUGUCCAUGAGGCAUUACGAGAGCAGCCACCUACGCUCCAUGUCGCCCAAUCCAUACGCAAAUCCUGCUGUCACGACACAAUCUACCGCCAGAAUGCCCCACGAGCAAAACCACGAUCCUUACGCCCCUCGGGGCCACUCGAGGGACCAUUCGGGCAAAAGCAGCAGAGACAUGGGCAAGCCCCGCGCUCAGAAAAAUCCUUCCCAAAAGGCAAUGCUUUCUCGAGCGCUGCAAAAGGCCAACACGGCGGUGCAGCUUGACAAUGCUCAAAAUUUCGAAGGCGCUCGAGAAGCUUACUCUGAGGCAUGUGACUUAUUGCAGCAGGUGCUAGACCGAACGUCAGGGGAUGAGGACAAGAGGAAGCUUGAAGUUAUUCGCCAAACAUACACCAGCCGUAUCGAUGAACUGGAUCAGAUGGGCCCGUGGCAGGACGAGACUGUCAAGGCUCUGCCUGCUAGACCGGAGAGUGAAGACUACAGCGCGUCCAUUUAUAUGCAUCAGGACUACGAGAUGAUGGAGGAGGCCCCCAGGAUCGAGACGGCACGAAUUGUAAGCUACAUUGGGGGAGACAGUUCACCCAUUUCCGGAGGAGCACCGCCGCACCAAUGGCAGCAAACCACGGGUUAUACAGGAAUGGAUAGACUGCAGCCUUCUCGUAAUCUGGAGCCGGGACUGUUGCAAUCAUCGUUUUCUCGGGCGCCUAGGCGGCUACGCUCUACUGAAGAUCUUCGCGCACAACACCAAGAGGGCCAAUAUGCGCCGCCCCCUCUAUCGCCUCGCUCAAAGUCGCCAGUCAAGACGAACAACGACGACAUAUUUGCGGAGUUACCACCUCACGAACCCUAUCAGUAUCAGCAGCAUACCCAGCAUCACGGCCAUCAACGACAGCCUAGCGAUACCGUCCUAUCUCCGUAUGACCAGGAAGUUGUAGAUGGAGUCCAGAGUUCAUGGCUGGAUCCAAUCGAUGAGUCGGGAGCAUCAACAGCAUCAUCCGUACACUCACGUACCUCGUCGCUUGGCUACCGUCGACGCCACAUCAGGGCUGCCAGCGGAAACACCGAGGCUGAGUUUGACACGGCUCUGGACGCUGCCAUCGAAGCUGCCUACGACGACGGUUUUGAGCCCAUGGGUCCCGUAGACUAUGAACCCAUAGACACCCACGAGGAUGCCAUGGCAAGCGUGCUGCAAAAGGUGGAAAAGGCACGCGAAAGAGUGAAGCAGACCGAGCAGGAAGCCUAUGAUGAGCUAGCGAAUCUCCGACAAGCACAGCAGCAAAACCUACAGCAGUUGCAGGAGGAGGACAAAUAUACUGCCGACGGGUUUUACGAGGAUGAUUCAUCUGAAGAGGAAGAGAGACUGCUGGAUGAGAUUACACGCGACUUUGCAAUCGAGGACUUUACCAUGGAACAACCGUAUGGUACGACGGUGUCGGCAAAACAACAGGAAGCUUGGAACGAGGAUGAGACACAGGCGGAUUUCAUCUCAGGCGUCCGGUCCUUCUCUGCCUUGUCACAGAGACCACCUAUUCCUAACACUACCAAUACCAUACAGCCAUCAGCACCAGCAGCGCCGCCUCCAACUUCGGCAUUGCCAACCUUACCACCCCCGACUUCAGCACUGCCAGACUUACCACCAGCAGGCUCGGCUUCUCCAUCCGGUGGGGUGCGGAAUCGUCGACUCUCUGGACAGAAUCCAAAGCAGCUCAAGAUUGAAACCUCAAAUCUCGGACAACCCCCAAGCAGGUCGAUUUACGACGAUGACGAAAUAUCCCCAAGCACUCAGGAGCCGCCUACAGAGGUGCUGGCCCGAACAGACAGCGCUCAACCCGUCAGGCCACCGAUACCAGAAGGCUUUGCGUCUGACUCAAAGGUUCCUGCAUCGCCAACUGCCAAGAGAAGGUUGCUAGAAGGAGAAGAGGCGCCCAGCGCCUCGCCUUCCAUCCACAGACUGCGAAAGAACUUUUCGUCCUCUAGUUUGAGAAGCAUGAAGAGCAGAAACAUGUCAGUGUCGCAUCUUGACGACAGCUCCGACGUGUCUCCUGGCACUCCCAAUCCUUAUGGCAAGGCACCUGCUGUGCCUGCACUGCCGACACCUCUCAUCACGUCUUUCAAAGAAAACAUGGAGAUGGGAGCCGGUGGCGCAGGAUUGCAUCUGUUUGACGACAAUUUCCACGUAUCAGCCACACCCGGUCCUCAAAGUCCCAUUGUUUCCGUGGAUGUCCCCUUGCCCCUGGAGCCCUGUCCCAACGACUUCAUGCUGCGCCCUUUUUGGCUGAUGCGAUGCCUCUACCAAACACUUGUGCACCCCAAGGGAGGAUACGUCAGCACAAAGCUGUUUGUGCCGCGAGACGUUUGGCGGGUUAAGGGAGUCAAGAUUAAGAAUGUGGAAGACAAGAUUGCAAACUGCGACUUUUUGACUGCGGCUCUCCUAAAGCUGGCCAAAGUUGACACUUUUGAUGCAGACGCCGUGUUGGAAGAAAUGCAGGCCCUCGAGGGCGUUUUAGAGCAGAUACAGUCAACUCUAGCACGAAAGCUAGGGAGCGAAGUAGGCGUCCAAGGCUCUGGCCUUUUAUUCAAAGAUGCCUCUCUCGCGGACGGAGAUAAUGGGUCAAAUGUGCCGCGAUCAGGCAGCGUGUCUGGCAAAACCUCUGCAUUCUCAUGGCGAAGGCUUCGACCAAAGACAUCGGGUGUUGGGUUGGGAGGAUCAUACAGCAACCGGAAUGCCAGUGCCGAAGUCAAGGAGGUGACAACACUGGCGAGUAUUCCCAUGACACCGAAACCGGCAAGUCGUCCGGCCAAGCGAGAUGUAAGCCAAGCUCAGUUCAUCGGCCCCAACGCCAGUUAUAUGGGCUCGCUUGCGCGCUUGUUUGACGCUGCCCAGGCAGUUGAUCAAAUCGCAAGGCAGGUUGACGACCCCGGUCUGCGGCAUGCGGACAAGACCCAAGUCGGGCUGGAGCUGUGCACACGACACGCGGCCGAGUUUUUCGGCUUCUACAUCUGCCGGUUUGUGCUGGCUGAUCUCGGUCUUUUACUGGAUAAGUUCAUCAAGAGAGGAAGCGAAUGGGUUCUGGCCUGA